UCAUAACACAUUCACUCGAAUAUUAAGCAAGCUCUGAAAUCUUUAGAGCCACUGUAAAAAAUUCGAGCAAAGAAAAAAAGAGAAAAAAGAGAGAGCCCGGUUUUAGUAAAUACAAGGAAAAACCCUACCAAAGCAGAGGCAGAGGCGGGGAUGGGUGGUUGGGCUAUUGUUGUACAUGGUGGCGCCGGCGUCGACCCAAACCUCCCGGCUGAGCGUCAGGAAGAGGCUAAACAGCUUCUCACUCAUUGUCUCAAUCUCGGCAUUUCUGCUCUGCGCUCCUCCCUCCCUGCUAUCGAUGUCGUCGAGCUCGUUGUGAGAGAAUUGGAAACAAAUCCAUUCUUCAAUUCGGGGCGUGGAUCUGCCCUGACUGAGAAAGGAACGGUGGAGAUGGAAGCGAGUAUUAUGGAUGGGAAUGGCAGACGCUGCGGUGCAGUUUCUGGCGUUACCAGCGUUAAGAAUCCCAUCUCACUUGCCCGUUUGGUCAUGGACAAGUCGCCCCACUCUUAUCUCGCCUUUUCUGGUGCUGAAGCAUUUGCCAAAAAACAUGACAUGGAAAUGGUGGAUAAUGAAUACUUCAUUACUGAGGACAACAAGGGCAUGCUAAAACAGGCAAAAGAAGCCAACACCAUCCUGUUCGACUACAGAGUCCCGUUGGAUUCCUGUGGCGCGGGCGUGGAGAGUCCGAUUGUGAUGAAUGGGCUCCCUAUUAGCGUCUAUGCGCCAGAGACUGUUGGCUGUGCUGUGGUGGACAGCCAAGGCCGGUGUGCAGCUGCUACAUCCACUGGUGGCCUCAUGAACAAGAUGAUGGGGCGAAUUGGUGAUUCCCCUCUAAUUGGUGCUGGAACCUACGCAUGUGAUUUAUGCGGGGUCUCUUGCACUGGGGAAGGCGAGGCCAUCAUACGUGGAACUCUGGCACGUGAUGUUGCUGCAGUGAUGGAGUACAAAGGGUUGGGCCUGCAAGAAGCAGUGGACUUUGUGGUGAAAGAAAGGCUCGACGAGGGGAAGGCCGGACUAAUAGCAGUGUCCAAGACUGGAGAAGUGGCGUAUGGAUUCAAUUGUGUAGGAAUGUUUAGAGGAUGCGCAACUGAGGAUGGGUUCAUGGAAGUCGGCAUUUGGGAAUAGAUAGCCCAUGGCUAGUAUUUGGUUGGAAGGCCUCUUUGCUUUGGUGGUUCGAUUAAUAAAUAGAAACCAUAAAAAGUGUCAGCUUGUUGACAAAACUGUUGUGGUUUUGUUUUGUUUUUUUCUUAUCUUUCUGUCCUUUUAUGUUAAGCUAGCUGGUGUCUACAACAAUGUAGUGAUGUUGUGAUGAUGAUAUAUGUUUCAUUGCUUUUCAUCAA